AUGGGAAUUGCCACACUCAGAGGAAGGUCGCUCGGCCUUGUCAUCGGCCUCGUUGGCGCUGUCGGGUUUGUUCUACAAGGGUAUGACCAGGCCGUUGCCAACGGGCUGUUGACGCUGGGCUCCUUCAUCGCCGUCUUUCCGGAAAUUGAUACGGUCAACACCAAAGGAAGUCAAAAGGCACAUAACUCCACUAUCCAGGGAACGACGGUCGCUAUCUAUGAAGUCGGCUGUGCACUGGGUGCCAUGACAUGUGUCUUUCUGGGAGAUAGACUUGGUCGUCGCAAGACUAUCUUCCUUGCAGGUUGCAUUGCUCUUGUGGGCAUCAUUAUCCAAGCCAGCCCCUUCUCACUCGGUCAGCUCAUUGCCGGUAGGGUCAUCACAGGCCUCGGAGUUGGUGGAUUCACUGCUACGAUUCCAAUGUAUGUCUCUGAAUCAUCUGGAGCAGAGGCUCGUGGACGCAUGGUUUUAUUAGAGGGAUGGUUCGCCAUCGGUGGCAUUGUCUUAGCUACAUGGCUAGAAUUCGGUCUCUACUACGUUAGUGACAACUCGGUGAGUUGGCGCUUCCCGAUCGCCUUUCAGGGCCUCUUUGCCUUGGUUGUCGUACUAUGCAUCUUGCUUCUGCCCGAGUCCCCUCGUUGGCUUGCCCGCUCUGGUCGAAUGGAAGAGGCAGCUGAGGUGUUGGCUCGCUUGGAAGACGUCCCGGUCGAAUCCGAGCACGUCGCACAGGAGCUGGAGAUCAUCCGACAGUCGUUGUUUAUGGAUGAGGUCGAUGAAUCCGCGGUUUCUACUUCGCCCUUCGCUCUGACCAAAAACCGCCACUUGCACCGUACUAUGAUCGCCGUCGGGGUCAACAUUCUUGCGCAGAUGACCGGCGUGAACAUCAUCACCUUCUAUUCCGAUACCAUAUUCCAAAGCGAAUUACACUAUUCUGGUACUUUGUCGCGGAUCAUCACUGGAUGUCUCCAGAUCUGGCAGUUUUUGGCUGCUGGCCUAGCGGUCCUGCUUAUUGAUCGCCUUGGACGUCGCCCACUGCUGAUCACGGCCGCUGCUGGCAUGACUAUUGCACAGACUUGUCUCGCUGGGCUAUCUUCCGACUUGAGCAACAAAUCCGCUGCCGGUGCGUCUCUUCUGUUCUAUUUCAUGGCCCUCUUCUGCUUUCCCAUCGGCCUUUUCCUUGUACCAUUCAUGUAUGCUGCAGAGAUUGCACCAUUGCGUACCCGUGCCAAGGUUACUGCCAUGUCAGCAGCAGCAAACUGGAUCUUCAAUUUCCUUUUGGCAGAAGUGACUCCGGUCGGGUUUGCGACCAUUCAGUGGCGAUACUACAUUGUGUAUGCGUGUAUCAGCGCCUUUGCAUGUGGGAGCUUCUACCUCUUUUGUCCGGAGACCAAGGGCCGCACACUUGAGGAGAUUGACGAGAUCUUCAUCAUGUCAAGUUCCGUUUUCGAUACUGUCCGCAUUGCGCGGGAGUUGCCCUUCCAGACAGGCAUUCUCGCGCACAUCGAUGACACUGAAAAGGUUGCGGUUCGGGACGAGCGAGUUGAAAAUGUGAGUGCUUAA